UGUGUCUGUGUCGGGCAGGAGGUGAUAUUUGACGGGCAGCGGGAGGGAGCUGCGGAGCUGGGUGCCAGGCAGGGUGCGAGCAUGGCCUCCCGGGACCCGCCGCCCCCCACCAGCCAUGCGCCCCCCGACGUGCCCACGGGGCUCGCGCUGUUCCUCACCAUCCCCUAUGCCUUCUUCCUGCCGGAGCUGAUACUUGGGUUCUGGGUCUGGAUCCUGGUGGCCUCCAUCCAAGUGGCAAACCCGUUGCUGCAAGGAUGGGUGAUGUACGUCUCGCUGACCUCGUUCUUCAUCUCUCUGAUGUUCCUGCUCUCUUACUUGUUUGGAUUUUACAAGAGAUACGAGUCCUGGAAAGUCCUGGACAGCCUGUACCACGGGACAACCGGCAUCCUGUACAUGAGUGCGGCCGUCCUGCAGGCACACGCCACCAUCAUUUCCGAGACCCAGGACCUGAAGAGCUACUACAUAAACACCACGGCCUCGUUCUUUGCCUUCAUCACCACCCUGUUCUAUGUCCUCCAUGCCUUCAGCAUCUAUUACCACUAGCACCUAUGCCUGCCCCUGAGAGAUGCUCGGAGAGCCUGGUCACUGGAUGAGCAACACAGCAACAGAACGUCGGUGGGACUAACAGACCGUCUUUUCCGACUGAGUGACGAAAUCACACUCUGCAUGUCCAUUUGGGCAUUUUCAAUCAUCGGGACGAAUAUGGAAAGGCUGUCAUUGUCUUUUUCCUGGGAAAGUAACUGGCUCUUGGGGCUGACCGUGAACCUCACUCUUCCAGAUACUAGUCUCUGAAGCCCUCACUGAUCCGCCCUGUCAUGCCUGGCUGGGGAUUCUGCCUCAGCAAGGAUGGUCCCCCAGAGCAAGAGCUCAGUCUUACUUUCUUAAAACCAAAAUGGUGCUGUCACUGCUGCCACAUCUUUGCCUAGACACACAGACCUUCCCCUGCCCCAUGCUUGUGUUCUGCUUUGCAGCGGGGACCAGCCAUACGGCCACCCCAUUCCCCUAUCUCCUUCCCUUUCCUCCCCAGCUUUGGGAUACAAGGAAAAUCUGUACAAAAUCAAUUUGGAGGGUAGAUUUGUGGGAAAAUAAGUGAUUGACUACAAAAUUGUCAUACAUUAAGACCUACGGAGGAGCCCUUUCAGAAAGCAUGCAGCAUCAGGCCUCCAGGAUGCCACCUCAGAAGGACUAAAAGCCACCUUGUCCCUCAGAAAAGGUCUUCAAGGAAGAAGGCAGGACGUCAUGUGCAAUGACAUCCUGUCACACUACAUGGGACAUCUCAGGAGGCUGGGAAAGGACCCCUGUCCCAGGGACAUGCUCUCACACGGGCACUCACUCCCCUUGCGUCCCCUGUGGUGCCACCUGGGUGGGACCUCCUGCAGUAAGGGGCUCCCACGGACUGGACCUGCACCGGCAUUUGACUUUUGGACCAUUCUCAAUGAAAAGGCUGGCGUCACACACACAGGAACCAAAAGUCAGGUGCUUGGUUUCAAAGUAAAUGUUUCGAGAGGAAACUGUUCAUCUGGGGUUUGUCACCUGGGCUCCAUCCCUGUCCUCAGCUUUGUGUUGGGUCAUCUGGCCUCCCAGGUAGGGCACAGCCCGUAACUGUACACGCUCUGUCUCUGAAAUAAGUUAGGACAUGGAGGGACUUGUCUCAGCCAAUUGGAGAGCUCACAGUUUCUGUUAGCUUCUUUCUGUUCCUGGGGGAGGGGAGGGGGUACAGGGAGUCACCGAAGACAAAACUGGCUUCACUGUCCUUGACUGCUCUCUUGAAAAGCCACCAUUUAUCUCUUUCUUGCCUGGCAGCUGUCUGGGAAUAGCACUGUCCAUAUUUACUGAGCAGCCACAUCCAAAUAAAAGGUGUUUCUAC